AUGAACAUGGCCUCUGACGUAGACGAGGAUGAUGAUGGUGAUGAUGACUUCCAAGAGAUAGAAAAGCUCCAAGACGCGGGUAUAAACGCGGCCGACCUCCGAAAACUGAAAGAGGCUGGGCUUAACACAGCUAUGGCCGUCAUAUACACUACGAAGCGAGAUUUAUGUAGCAUCAAAGGCUUGUCCGAACAGAAGGUCGAGAAGAUUCAAGAGGCGGCUAGAAAGCUCACCAGUGCGGGCUUCAUUACGGGCAGUGAGUUUGUCCGGACUAAGUGCAAGAAGCGUUUUCGCCUGUCGACUGGCUCGUCGAAAGUUGACCAACUGCUGGGAGGAGGCAUCGAGAGCUGCAGCAUUACUGAAUUCUACGGCGAAUUCCGUUGCGGCAAGACUCAGCUGUGCCAUUCACUCAGCGUGAUCGCCCAGAUGCCUCAGUCAUAUGGUGGUGCUAAUGGGAAGGUCUGCUAUAUAGACACUGAGAACACGUUCCGUCCCGAUCGUAUAACCCAGAUCGCCCAAGCCUUUGGAGUGGAUCCACAGCAAGUCCUUGAUAACAUCAUAUACGCUAGGUGCUACAAUUCUGAGCAUCUCGUACAACUAUUGUUGUGCGUGGCUGCUAAAAUGGCGGAGGAGAAGUAUGCACUUCUUGUCGUCGACAGUAUUAUGGGCCCUUUCCGAGUUGAUUUCACGGGACGUGGUGACUUGGCUGAAAGGCAACAGCUCCUUUCCAGAGUCAUGAGUAGACUACAGAAGUUGAGUGAAGAGUACAACUUGGCAGUAGUGAUAACGAAUCAAGUGAUGGCUGACCCAGCAGCAGCUAUGUCGUUCGCGGCCAACCCUCCUAAGCCUAUUGGAGGCCACGUGUUGGCACACUAUAGUACCACUCGUAUCGCCCUUCGCAAGGGUAGAGGUGAGCAGAGAAUUAUGAAGAUAAUUGACUCCCCUAACUUACCUGAAGGUGACUGUGUUUUCGAAAUUUGCACUAAAGGAAUCCAGGAUGCUAAGGACUAA